CUCUUUGCCCCGCCCCCUGUUUCAGUUUCGUUUCUCCCUCAGUCCGGGGCAGGUAGGAGGCGCUCUAUACACUAAAGGCGGAACUCGCUUCCCCCGGUGCCAGAGCCAUGUCCGACCCCAGAGUGAGCUCCUACCUCACCAGCCUCCUCUGCAACCAUGAGGGCCGCCUCCGCCGCUCCCAGCUGGGGGACCUCCUGCAACUGCCCCCGGAGCAGAUCGAGCAGAUUCUCCAAGAGGAGCCGCAUCGCUUCUCCGUAUCGGGGGAUCUGGUGUUGGCCCGGACCGCUAUGCGAAUCUGCCCCGACUACCUGAAACAGAAGGAAGAGGAGAAGGAGUGCGACAAGCUGCAUCUUUGUCGCCUCUACCUGCAGGGCAAGUGCUGGGCUGCCCGGGGCAGGGGUGCUCCCUGCAAAUUCUCUCAUGACACCUCCUCAGAGCAUAACAAGGCCGUGCUGAAGGCGCACGAGAUUUUUGGACUUGAAGAUGACGAACUGAAGGUCCUUCUUCUCCAGAAUGAUCACUCGCUUCUGCCUGAGGUGUGUAUAAAAUAUCUGCAUUCCACCUGCGAUCGAGAAAACGGUUGCACUCGGCUGCACGUCUGCGGUUAUUUCACUCGCGGCGAGUGUAGCAGCGCUAACUGCAGGCGCUCUCACUGCCUCUUGGAAUCCAGCACAGACUUAGUGAUGAAGCAGAGCCGCCAUUCUCUGGUGUCCAUUGAGAACUUCCAGAUGCUGUGUGUGAUCAAGUGCAACGAGGCAGUCAAUGUGCCCAAGAAGGGGGCUAAUAAUGGAGCGCAGUGUGGCCCCUCAGGAGCUGGGAGAGGCAGAGGCAGGGGCAGGGGCAGAGGGAGGGGCAAAUACCAGAGAACAAGAGGCACGCAAGGGCGCGGCCCCCGUAGAGGCUCCAGAAGCUCCAGCACCCCAGGGAGUCGGUGCAGUACACCAGACAAAUUAGAUGCCGAGGAUGAUGAAGAUGGAGUAUUUGAUCCGCCUUCAGGUGACAAAGAAGAAAAAUCUGCAGCAGCGUCUGGUCCAAGUUCAUCCGUCGGGUCUACAGAAUGGUCCUCAGCACCCCAACCCAAACCCAGAAUAUUAUCAUUGAAUAGAAAUGCUUCAUCGGAAUCCAGUACCCAGGAAGCCAACAGCAGUCGAGAACGCCACAAAGCAACUGGUUCCAUAUCGAAGGGACAAGGAGCCAACUCUGCUAUUAUCAGUCCAAAUAACCAUAUACCCACUGGGACUGGGCAGCAGAAGCCCAACUCUGCCAUCAUCAGUCCGACCACCAUCUAUAAUAGCAUGUACACAACCAAGGACACUACAUCUCUGGGGCAGAAGGUCAGCUCUACCACCACCAGGAUUGGCAACACAGCCACUGGCGCUGCAUCUAUGGAGCAGAAAGUCAACUCUACCACCACCAACCCUGCCAUGUACCCAACCACCAGAACUACAUCUGUGGGGCAGAAAGUCAACUCUACCCUCCCUACAACUUCCACAUACAUAGCCACUGGCACUGCAUCUAUGGAGCAGAAAGUCAACUCUACCACCACCAACCCUGGUAUGUACCCAGCCAUUGGAACUACAUCUGUGGGGCAGAAAGUCAACUCUACCCUCCCUACAACUUCCACAUACAUAGCCACUGGCACUGCAUCUAUGGAGCAGAAAGUCAACUCUACCACCACCAACCCUGGUAUGUACCCAGCCAUUGGAACUACAUAUGUGGAGCAGAAAGUCAACUCUACCACCACCAACCCUGGUAUGUACCCAACCAUUGGAACUACAUAUGUGGAGCAGAAAGUCAACUCUACCCUCCCCGCAACUCCCACAUAUAGAGCCACUGGUGCUGCAUCUAUGGAGCAGAAAGUCAACUCUACCACCACCAAUCCUGCCAUGUACCCAACCACCAGAACUACAUCUGUGGCACAGAAGGUCAACUCUACCACCACCAAUCCUACCAUCUACCCACCCACCAGAACCUCAUCUAUGGAGCAGAAAGUCAACUCUACCACAACCAAUCCUGCCAUGUACCCAACCACCGGAACUACAUCUGUGGCACAGAAGGUCAACUCUACCAUCUAUCCACCCACCAGAAACACAUCUAUGGAGCAGAAAGUCAGCUCUACCACCACCAAUCCUGGCAUGUACCCAACCACUGGAACUACAUAUGUGGAGCAGAAAGUCAACUCUACCCUCCCCGCAACUCCCACGUAUAGAGCCACUGGUGCUGCAUCUAUGGAGCAGAAAGUCAACUCUACCACCACCAAUCCUGCCAUGUACCCAACCACCAGAACUACAUCUGUGGCACAGAAGGUCAACUCGGCCGCCAUUGUUAAUUCAGCCAUUGCCAUCAAUAUGAAUAUUGAAUACAGCGAGAUCUGUCUCCACCACAUCUGGAAGCACUGCAGGCUUGGAAACAAGUGUGGUGAGAUGCAUUAUCACUUGCCCUACCGCUGGCAGGAGAAUCUGGGCGCCGGGUGGCAAGACCUUUCUCACAUGGAUGCCAUAGAGAGGGCAUUCUGCCAGCCUAAGAACGACAGUUAUUCUGGAGUUGACUUUGCAUCAAUGACGUACAGGCCGAUCCGCAUCCGCCGACUCGCCACGCCUUCAUCGGCCACGAGAUCCCUCGAGUUUGUCCUGACCACGGAGUGGCUCUGGUACUGGCAGGACGAACUGGGAACGUGGAUCGAGUAUGGAAAAUGCAACACAAAGCAGGUGGGUGCCUCAAUAACCUCCUCGGACUUGGAGUCCAUCUAUCUCGCUGAUAAAACAGCCGUGGUCCCGUUCCAGGCCGGAGGUCAACACUAUGAAAUCAGCUUCAAAGACAUGAUUCAGAGAAAUAUUAAGUACACGACUCAGAGGCGAAUCCGCCGGAGGCCCAAGUACCAGUCGUCUGAAGAUGUGCAGAAACUCAAGGGGACCACAAAACCAAUAGCGAGCAGUUCUCCCCUGAAGAAUGGAAAUUACCCUUCAGACUGGGACGCCUCUGCCCUGCCCGACAUAGGGUCUAUGUUGGUGCCCGUCCGUGAGAGUUCCCAUGAGUACACGCAGAUCCUCGGCCUCUUCAAUAAGACCAUGUCUGGCCAAACAGUGAAGAUCCAGCGCAUCCAGAACAAGUCUCUCUGGGAGGUCUACCAGUGGCAAAAGGUGCAGAUGCAGAAGGCAAACCCGGGAAAGGGAGUGAGCGAGAUGCAGCUGUUCCACGGGACCGACCCGUCUCACCGAGCUGCAAUCUGCCACCAGAACUUUGACUGGCGAGUGUGCGGCACUAACGGAACUGUAUAUGGUCAAGGGAGUUACUUUGCCAGAGACGCUUCCUACUCCCAUAACUACUCAGUCCCCACAGCUACAGGCAGGAGAAUGAUGUUUGUGGCACGGGUGCUGGUGGGAGACUAUGUGAGGGGAGACCCCACCAUGAAGCGGCCCCCCCUGAGACCCGGCAGCGCCACCCAAUGCUACGACAGCUGCGUGGAUACUUUCUACAAUCCUUCCAUCUUCGUGGUGUUUGAAAAACAUCAGAUUUACCCAGAAUAUCUCCUGGAGUACGAGCCAAAGAAAGAGGAAAAGUCGUGCUGUAUCAGUUAGAACCUCGGACUUUUGGACCCUAAGACUCGACAACGUCCAGCGAUAGCUGAAAGAUAUGGGAAAGAUUUACAUUAAUGUGAAAAAAAAAAAAAAAAAAUAGAUUUCUGGGACAUUGAGAUUGAAAUCCUCAGGGAAAAAAAAAAAUAUAUGAUAAAAUAGACUAGUAAUGACUGAAUCACGUAGACUGAAAUCAGCGGUUUGAUUGGUUGCUAUGGGUUACUAGACUUUUACUUCAUUCCCUAGACAUACAGGUCACUUUAUAACCUGUGUGGCCAAAUACACGUUAUACAUGACCCCCAACCUCUAGGGGGGGGUUGCUGCUUAUACUCUCUUGCCCUGCAGUCUGUAGCAUGUUGCCCCGGGUUGCAAAACUACAUCUCCCAGCAUGCUUUGAGCUUUGAUAAGACGCUGGAAGUUGCAGCCGGGCAGUGUUUGGUUAACCCAUGGUUGAAGAAAUCUAUCACGGUUUCCCUUUGAAAAGGCUGACAAUCUAUAACAAGCACUUUAAGCAAAGAAAAGGCAGAUUUGGGGGGGCAUCUGUGCUAUUUUUGCUUCCCCUCAUUUCAAAAUAUUAUUUACUGUAUUUAUUCAUAUUGAUAUGUUCUGUGUACUUUCUGAAAUUCUCAUAAUUCUCAUUAUUCUCAUAAUAAAUCCUAUUUGGUGCUAAA